AUGGAAAAAUUUUUAAUUAAACGCGCAAGUACAAGUGCAAGUGCAAGUGAAAAUAAAAAACGUAAACUGUCGGAAACAACAACGGACCAGCCUAUCAACGAGGAAUUGGAAGAAAAAAAAACUUUAAAUGUUGAGAACCAAAAAAAAGAACGUAAAUAUCAAGAUCAGUAUAUACAAUUUGGAUUUACUUUUAUUGAAGAAAAAGGUAAACAUCGUCCUAAGUGUGUUAUAUGUUUAGAAAUAUUGACUUCCGAAAGUAUGAAACCCUCUAAACUUAAACGACAUUUAGAAACGAAACAUCCGCAAUAUAUUAAUAAAGAUAAACAAUUUUUUAAAAGACAUGAAAAUGCAUUAAAGGUUCAAAAAAAAGUUAUAAAUAAAUUUUCUACAGUUUCACAAAAAGCUUUAGUUGCAUCAUUCGAGGUUUCAUACUUAAUAGCAAAAACAAAAAAACCGCAUUCGAUUGGUGAAUCUCUUGUCUUGCCAGCUGCUAUAAAAAUUGUAACGGCUAUGCACGGUGAGGCAUAUGCAAAUGAUUUAAAAUCAAUUCCAUUAUCUGAUAAUACUGUAUCACGUCGGAUUUCAAACAUAUCUGAUGAUAUAUAUUAA